AUGGAGUACUUAGCAAAAGAGCCCGAGAACCUCAAUGCCGUUCAGCGGUUCGGCCGCUGGCUUCGGUUGAAGCAGUACCAGAUUGAAGUUACGUUCGGUGUCUACAUGUUUACGUCGGCCGAGAGAUUUAUAUUUUGGUCCGUCGUAUUCCUCUUAUGCAGUCUAUUGACCAUCGCCGUCGUGCUCUACCUCCCCCAGCAUCUUCUCUUCAUCAUCAGUCGCGCCUGGUUCUACGUCAAUGGCGGUGACAGCGGGGUUGCUUCCAAUGUGGUCGCAGGCAAUAAGGACGCACUAUCACUAGCAACUUCAUCUAUGGCGAAGACUAUGGCGGCAGCGGCUACUGAGACGGCCGAAUAUAUGAACCGGGAGCUAUGA